UCGGACCACCGACGGUCACACUGUUCGCGAUUUUUUUUGUAAAAGUGUUUUUGUUCUAUUUGCUUGCAUAAAACUGCGGGUUCCAAGUGAAAUAUCAAUUGUUGCGGGCCGAAAAUGCCAGAAAAUUAGUGAGCAGUGGUCCCCGUCCCAGAUCCAGAGCAAGCAGGUGCAAAAACCACGCGAACGGCGAAAACCAACCAAUGACGUCGCGAGUCUGAGGCGACAAAGAGCAGCAGGAGGAAAGUGGUGGCCGCACACCCGUAUUGUGUCAGCAUAAUCAGUAUUAGCAGUGUAAGCAGCCCGGAUUGAACACACAAGUCAAACGAACAUACCCCCUGACCGAGACGGAAACAUGUGCUAGACCUCCUCGAAAUGGGAUCGCGUAUCAAAAAUGACGUGAAGAAGCUCUUCGAGUUCUGGUGCGAGGUCUCCCCGACGCCGGGACUGGAGAGGGGCACAAGUCCCCGAGGCGGUGGCCCUGCCGCGCCCGCCGGCGUCAUCGUGGAGAGCUUCCCCGAAGGAUUCCGCGACCAGGAGGUGCUCACCGGCAUCCCAUCGUUUGCCUUUCCCUGCGACACAGCAAGCACCUCGGUGCAGACGUAUUCCUUUGUGCACACCACCGGCGACUCGAAAUGGCGCUUUGGCUUCUGCCGACAGGAUCCCAGGACGAACACGGCCAUGGUGAUCAUUACAUAUCUGCCGUGGCACGACACCUUCUUAAAGCUACUACCCAUUCUUGGCGAGCUGAAGCGGACGGGUUCCAACGGAUUCCGCGCCUUUCUGUCCGAGGCCUACAACCAGGGAGUUCCGGAUUGCGGCGGCAGCCUUAAAGUCUUUUACAACGCAGGGCACAGUCACUUUACCUUCGAGCGCCCACUGCAGUUCCAGUUGCCCAGCAUGCCAGAAAAUCACAACUUGAAUUUAUACUAUAACUUCGUGGAGCCCAAGGAGAUGAUUGCCGUGUUUGCUGCCAUGCUGGCCGAGCGUCGAAUUGUCUUCACCUCGAGACACCUGGACCGGCUGUCCUCCUGCAUCCAGGCGGCGAACGCAUUCCUAUAUCCCAUGGUCUGGCAGCACAUCUUCAUACCGGUGCUGCCGUGGGAGUUCAAAGACUACCUGGGUGCGCCCAUGCCAUAUCUGAUUGGUGUGCCAGAACCAGUGCUCGAAACUGUGACCAGCGAUGAGCUGGGCGAAGUUGUGAUCCUGAACUGUGAUACGAAAAUAUUCGAAAGCCCCUUUGACGAUGUGCACAAUCUGCCACCGGAGAUUGUCUCACAGCUGAAAAAGUAUCUGAAUCACACGCACGACCACAUCGGCGACCGGAUCUCGAAGAUCUUUCUAAACGCCUUGGUACAGCUGAUCGGCGGCUAUCGGGACGCGGUCGAGUACCACGAGACCAGCAAGACCUUCAAUUCCCAAAAAUUCAUUGAAUCUCGGCCGGCGCACCUGCGCCCGUUUCUUGCCAAAAUGAUGGAUCUGCAGAUAUUUGCGCAGUUCAUCGACGAUCGCCUGAAGAUGCUCAAUAGCGGGCUCGGAUUCUCCGAUGAGUUCGAACUGGAGACGGUGCGCUAUGCAGAAAAGAAGAAGCGCGGCCGCAACUACGCCAUCAUGAAGAACCUGAAGGACAAGACUAAUCCGGCUGUAAAGUCUGCCGUCAAAUCGGUAAAGGAGGGUUCUCGGGGCAUGAAGACCGCCUACAAGGGAUUCAAGACAAAGCUGCGCGAGAACGGCAACCAAUUUGGCGGCACGCACUUCCACUUCGGCCUGGGAUCGCCGAACCACUCGGAUCGUCCGGACGGCGGCAGCGGAGGAUACGUGCGUGGAGGCAAGGCCAUUGGAGCGGCCCACCACUCGGCGCCCAGUUCGCCAGUGACCAGCAAGCGGCUUGAUGGAAUCGCCUCCGUCACGGGAAGCAGCGGCAGCGCAGGAUCCGGCAGCAGGGAGCCGCGGGAGUUCCAGCGCCGCGGCCCCAUUCCGCUGGCCAUGUCUAGCUCGAGUAGCCACAUUCAGCCGAACGGCCAUGCGUACGCUGCGGGUGCUGGUGCUCAUUACGGUCAUCACCUCGCUGCGUCUCCUGCUGUUAGCUCGGCGAGCUCGCUCUGCUCAUCUUCGGAGAUGAACCUCUCGCAGGAGCUGCAGAACCAUCCGCUCUUCAAGACGCCUGCCGUGGACCGCAGUCUUAAGCCGAACGCAGAGCACAGGCGAGGAGCAGCACCGCCAGCCCGCCCGCCGCCUCCGCAGUCCACGCCCGCCUCCUACUACAAUCACCCGUAUGCCGCGCAUCCGCACGUCGAGGCGAAGCCACCAAGGCACACUUCCACGCCCACCAGACCGCGGCAGCCGCUGCCCACCGCCGACUCCAGCAGCUUUGACAGUCCGCCGGACGUACAAUCUCCGCCGAUUCCGCCCAUUCCGCCCCGCAGGCAGGGGAGCUCGAAUGCCAUCGUGGCCGCCACAGCCGCAGCCGUCAGUGCGGAGAUCAGCAGGCUGGAACGCAACUGCUGGCAGGACGAGCCCACCGGGAAUGAAUCGGCGCGGAACUCGAACGCCUCCUCGUCGUCGGCCACCUCGUCCUGCUCCUCGGGCGCCUCCUUUGUGACGGCGGCGUCGACGUUCUCGCACCUAAAUGUCUCCGAUCCGCCCGUUCCGACACCGCGGGCCAAGAGAGAGCAGCACCAGCCGUUGGAGGACAGCAUGAACGAUCUGAUAUCGCUGGACGAUAGCAACAACACCAGCUUCGACCUGGAGGACUUCGAUCCGUUGAAUCAGAACGCCCGGCCGCUGCCGCCGCUGAGCAAGGCGUUUGGUAAGAAGUGCAGCACACUGCCCGCUGGCGUCAACAGCAGUGUGGUGGCCAGCAGCGUCAGCAAUCCGCUGUACCCCUACUUCGCACCCAAGCACAUGGCCACCGUGGCAGCGGUGACGGGACGGACGCCACCCAUGCACCCACCGCCUCACAACCAGCGCAGCACCAUUGCCGCCAAGCCCGACGACGACUUCGAGCUGCUCCGCAAGUACGGACUGGACCAGUUCACCCUGAACGCCAACGGGACGGAGAAGCCACAGCAGCUCACCACCGGCAAGGGCAUGAACAACUGGACGACGUUCGAUUAGGGGCAGGGGACUGGACAACCCGCUUCAAAUAUGAUACCAAAAUAAGUGUGAUUGAUACAUUGUGUUGUAAAUAGCCUGAAGACAUGGGAAGAAUCAGAAAGGAGGCGACCGAUGACAGUAAAGUAAUCCUUAAAUACCCAAAAUUAUAUGUCUACAGUUAGUUAUAUUCAGUGGCCUGUUCAGCAAAGGAUCAAAUUAAAACGCUUGUUGUGUAAAUAACUGUUUAGUGGCAAGUUUAGUUAAUUUGCAUGAAUCGGAACUCUCGCUAACUACAUAUACAUAUUGUACACUGGACUUCCAAAUCAAAAGACAUAAGAAUCUAGAGUAGCAUGAAUUUAAGCCAACUAGCCUAACAAAUUACCAAUAAAAUACAAAUAAAUUCCA